AUGACGGCUACAGUUACUAGCCCAUCCGCCUUUACUGAGAAAUGUGAUAUUUUAGACCUUGGCGACUCCAACUACAGCAUCAAGUUUGUACCGAAAGAGAUGGGUGUGCAUACCGUGGCAGUCAGGCAUCGUGGAGCUCAUAUUCCCGGAAGUCCCUUCCAGUUCACCGUCGGUCCGAUAACCGAGGGUGGGGCGCACAAAGUACACGCCUCGGGAGCCGGCCUGCAGCAUGGGCACACCUACUCGACCAAUGAGUUCAGCAUUUACACUCGCGAGGCUGGUGCUGGUGGACUUUCUAUUGCCAUCGAAGGACCGAGCAAAGCCGAGAUAGAUUUUGAGGUAAGUUCACUUGGUAGGAUUCAUUCACAUCGGAGAAUUGGUUUUGGGGCAUCGGGAAAGUCGACAUGUCUAUGCUUCAGCGACUACAACUGUCUGUCAACGUAG